AUGAUCCAACGAAAAAAUGAUGAUGAAAAGAAAAUAAAAAUUGUAGAUACUUUUUGUGUGUCAGAUGAUGUUCACGUAAAGUCGGUUCUGGAAAACAAUAACAUAAAAGUUGAGAGUUAUACACGAAAUAUUAAUAUCGAGGAUGUGACUAAUCUAAGGAGCCUUGACGCUUUACGUUUAAACAAUUUUUAUUUGUUAUAUGUAUAUUUACAAGACAUAUGGUAUAUUUUCUUCCAUUAUGUUAUAUCAUUAAAAAGAAAAAUUGAGCAGGAUGAUUUUUUUUAUGAUGUUGAAUAUGAAAAAUAUGUAGAUAGUUUAAUAAAAUGUGAACAUGUAAAAAAUAAUUUUUUAUAUAACACUAGAAUAAAUAAUUUUGAUUUCUUUUUAAAAGGUUUAAGAAGAUAUCUUAAUCAAAUGAAUAACCAUAAUACGGACGAGGAGAAUGUUUCUCUUUGUAGUGAGAAAUGGGAAUAUAGUAAUAAUACUGAAAAGAAGGAAUAUUAUGUUUCUCAAGAUAUUUGUAAUUAUGUUACAGAAAAAACAAAGGAAAGUUAUACAUUAAAUUAUUCAAAUGAACAAGAAAAAGGAAAUAAGAAAAAUUCGUGUGUCAACAAUAAAAUGAAAAAUAUGGAAUGUGUAAAAAGAGGAGGUUCCUUUGAAAAUACGAAUUAUACUAACGAUUGUCUUUUAUAUAUAUAUAAAGAAAAGGAAAAAAUCGAAAUGUAUAAUAUAGAUAAGGAUAUAUAUGAAAAAAUUAAAAAAGAGAAUACGUUCCAUAAACUAAUACAAAUAAAUAAUAAUCUUUCCAUAUAUAAAUUAUCGUAUAUAUAUUUUAAUGAUAAACUUAAAAGAAUAAGAUUAGAUAACUUCUUUCAUUUAAUCCUAGCCAAAAAAAAAAUCGAUUUCGAUAUCCAGAAAAAUGUUAAAAAUGGUAACAAAAUUAAUUGUACAGGACACACAAGUGAACAAAAUAUAAAAUAUAAAGAACAAAUUAUUGAUAUGAAUGAGCAAUUGUUUUUAUUAUAUGUAUCUCAUUUUAAAUAUUAUAUUUUUUCUUUCUUCUUAUAUUCUUAUGUAAAAUAUAUUAAUCCCUCCCACUAUAACAACAACAGCAAUAAUAGUAAUAAUAAUAAUAAUAAUAAUAAUAAUAAUAAUAAUAAUGUAGAUAUAAAAGAAUAUAAUAAAACAUGUAAUCAUGAGAAAAAUGGGUAUACAAAUUAUAAAAAGAUAUUAGCAAUGAAAAAAGACAAAUCCUUAUUUCUUUAUAAUGAUGAUGAUAAUGUAAAAAAUUUAGAAAGUGUAACUAGUUACAUCUUAUGUUUUAUUAACCAUAUAUUAUACAAAAUAAAUAUCAUAUUGUCUCAAGACAAACGGGAUAAAAAAAGUACACAUGAUACUAUAAAUCAUAUUUUAAAAAAUAAACUUUCUUUUAAAUAUAUUAAUGUAGAGAACCUAGACUUGUUAAUAUCAUGUAUCCUAUUAUUAAACAUAUGCAAAAAAGAUACAUUCCAAACUUAUUAUAAUUUUAAUAAUACAUACUCGAAUUUUUUUUCUGUCUUUCAAAAAUAUAAUGCAUCCUUGAAAUUGUCCAAAGAAUUAAAGAGCAAGAACUACUUUUCAUUUUUUGAGGGACUUGAAAAGCUGAACAUGUUAGAAAAGUGUGCGAUUUUUAUACACAUAAAAUAUAUAAGAAUAGAAUAUAUUUAUAGUUUAUUAUACUCAGCUAACAAUAGAAAUAAAUUUAGUUUAAACAUAAAUUUAAUAGAUGAAUGUUUAAAAAUAUAUAAUUUAAGAAGAACAAAAUAUUUCCUACAAUGUUUACAUAUGAUAAUAGAUAGUGAAAGAAUCUUUUUUAAUAUGUCUAAUAAGGUUUAUACGAAAAAAGAAGACAGAUGUUUUCUCUUAGAUAAUAAAGAAGAAUGUAUACAACAUUUUUUUAAUGUUUAUGAGGAUACUAUAUAUGAUUAUAUAUAUAUAUUUUAUCAGGAAAAAAAUUAUAAUAUAAAAAAAUGUUAUAAUAAAUAUGAUAUACCUAAUAUGAUCUUUUUUGCUUAA